AUGGAUACUGAUACGCGGUUUGUCUUGUCAAAAUCCACCAUGUCCAAAUCAAAAGUCUUAAAAGAGAUAGUCCUGGCGGAAAAGAUUACUUGUUGCCUGAAUAAGGCUUUAGUUUUUGGAGGGUUCUUAGGUGGAGUUAUUAAGAUUAGUGCACAGCAAUAUCCAGUAGUUAUAACUCAAGUUGAAGAUCCAGUUUCGGCUCUGGCUAUAAAAGGUAAUAAUGUUGACAGCAAUGAAUUGGGUUUAAUGGGUAGUAUUAGUAUGAGUGGUGGUAUUAGUAAUGAUAGGGUGGGUAGUAGUGGUAGUGGUAUGAGUAGUAGUAUUAGUAAUGAUAGGGUGGUUAGUAGUGAUAGGGUGGGUAUGAGUAUGAGUAUUAGUAGUGGUAGUGGUAUGAGUAUGAGUAUGAGUAUGAGUGGUAGUAGUAGUGGUAGUGUUAUGAAUGACGAAGUGGAUAGUAAGUUGGCUAUAGGUACUUGGAAGGGUGAAGUUAAGUUGGGAGGUGGAGGUGGGAUUAGUAUAGGAAGACUGCCUUGUAAGUACUUGCAGAGUAUGGGUGGAAUAAGAGGUAGUGGUGGGGAGGUAGAGGAGUACUGGGUGGCUAGUGAUGCUAAUGGACUGGUUGUUCUGGUUGAGGAAAAGUUGGUGAGUGGUGGACGGCAGUUGCAAGAAGCCUUUCGGUGGCGGUUGGGUACUUACUUGCUUAAAUGGAUAGUGAAUGGAGAUGGUUGGGUGGGAUUGACGGGAUUUAGUGUGGUUUGGGUGGAAAGAGGAGAAAAAGGAGAGUUUGUAGUGAGUAAUCAAAUUGCCCAUAUUCAUGCUGAUCGGGAGGAAACUGAAACUUUAGUCUGUUUAGUGGAAAGUCAAGGUAGACUUUUUGCUGGAACAAUUGGAGGUUGGCUAGUAGAACUAUUAGACUGGUCCGAUGCAACUACUUUUCAAAUCAAACAUCUCAAACAAGUAAGUACUGAGAAGAUUACGGAUCUUAUAACUUAUACCGUAAAUGAUAAAUCAUACUUUAUCUGCACUACUCCUAACCAUCUACACAUAAUAGAUCAGACUAAAUUAUCUCACUUAGACCAAUUUGAACUAUCUAAAACGAAUAGUUUAGGCUGGGUAAGAGUAUGUCCAGACCAACUCGGGCUCUUAGCCGUCUUAGAUAUUUGUCAUCGCAUUUAUUUCGUUGAUAUAACUGCAGUCACUGGCCAAAACCAACCCGGCCCUGCACUACCCAGCACUGCCUCCGUAGAUGAUAUCUAUCAAGACCUUCUAGCCCAAGUAAACAGUGGCCAACUCUAA